UUUAUCCGGAAAUAAUACGUAUUUUAGACAGGUUUUAAGGUACGCUUGAAGCAUGUUGUAAACAAAAUUAUUGUUGAAGCACAAAUUCAUUACAUUUUCACGGUUUUGAUAUAUUUAUUCAGUAAAAUGUCGGUGUCAGACAAAGAAGUUAUAGGAAAAGUUUUGAAUGAUAGUUCACAGCCACUAAAAGAACGUUUUAGAGCUCUAUUUACCCUCAAAAAUCUCGGCGGACACGAUGCAAUAGAUUUGAUUGCGCAAUCAUUUUGCGAUGAAUCUGCAUUGCUGAAACACGAACUAGCGUACUGUUUAGGACAGAUGCAAGAUUCUUAUGCUAUUCCAACGUUGGUUAAAGUUCUCGAAGAUAAAUCACAGGAACCAAUGGUUCGUCAUGAAGCAGGAGAAGCUCUUGGGGCUAUAGGAAAUAAAGAAGUUUUACCAAUAUUGGAGAAAUAUUCAAAAGACCCUGUAAUAGAG